CCCGUGGGUGAGGCUGGACCCCCCCCCCCCCCGGGGCUGACAGCGGGGCACCCGUCGGUAACGGUGGUGCCCUACCGGGUGACCGUGGACCUCCACGAGUCAGUCUGGAGCACCCGUGGGUGGUGCUGGAGACCCCUGGGGGACACUGGAACAGCCGUGGGGGACAUUGAAGACACCCCCGUGGGUGAUGCUGAACCCCCCGGGUGAUGCUGGAACCCCCUGGAUGAGACUGAAUCUCCCUGCAUGACACCAGGGCCCACCUCGGUGACACUGGACCCCCCUGGGUGACACUGGAGUACCCGUGGGUGAUGCUGGACCCCACUGGAUGACCCUGAAGUCCCCGUGGGUGACACUGGACCCCACUGGGUGACACUGGAGUACCCGUGGGUGAUGCUGGACCCCCCUGGAUGACCCUGAAGUCCCCGUGGGUGACACUGGACCCCACUGGGUGACACUGGAGUACCCGUGGGUGAUGCUGGACCCCACUGGAUGACCCUGAAGUCCCCGUGGGUGACACUGGACCCCACUGGGUGACACUGGAGUACCCGUGGGUGAUGCUGGACCCCCCUGGAUGACCCUGAAGUCCCCGUGGGUGACACUGGACCCCACUGGGUGACACUGGAGUACCUGUGUGUGAUGCUGGACCCCCCUGGGUGACCCUGAAGUCCCUGUGGGUGAUGCUGGAUCCCAGUGGGUGAAAAUGGGGCACCCGUGGGUGACACUGGACCCCCUUAGGUGACACUGGAAUAUCUGUGGGUGAUGCUGGACCCCACUGGGUGACACUGAAGUCCCCGUGGGUGACACUGGGGCACCCAUGGGUGAUGCUGGACCCCACUGGGUGACACUGGAGGGCCUGUGGGUGACACUAGACCCCCUUGGGUGACACUGGAGUACCUGUGGGUGACGCUGGACUCCCUUGGGUGACACUGGGGCACCCGUGGGUGAUGCUGGACCCCCCGGAUGACCCUGAAGUCCCCGUGGGUGACACUGGGGCACCCGUGGGUGAUGCUGGACCCCACUGGGUGACACUGGAGUGCCUGUGGGUGACACUAGACCCCCUUGGGUGACACUGGAGUACCCGUGGGUGAUGCUGGACCCCCCUGGAUGACCCUGAAGUCCCUGUGGGUGACACUGGACCCCACUGGGUGACACUGGAGUGCCUGUGGGUGACACUGGACCCCCUUAGGUGACACUGGAGUACCCGUGGGUGAUGCUGGACCCCCCUGGAUGACCCUGAAGUCCCCGUGGGUGACACUGGGGCGCCCGUGGGUGAUGCUGGUGCCCCCUUGGGUGACCCUGGACCCCCUCCCCAGGUGACCUGGAGCCCCGGGAUGUGUGGGGCAGCCUCCCAGCUACCCCCACCCGAGACGUGGGCCACGCUCCACACUACCACCAGGUCACGUUGCUCCGACUCGAGUCCCCACCCGGGUGCCCCCCCCCCCCCGUGCCCCCGCCCCUCCCGGGGGCGGUGCCGCCGGAGCCGGUGCCGGUGCCCCGAGGGCGGUGGAGCCCCGCAACGAGCCGCACACCCCCCCUCAGGAGCUGCUGUCGCCGUCAUGGGCCACCGGGCAGUGGCCGCACCUUUGCUCAACCGGGUCCUGCGUGGGGCAGAGGAGGAGCGCUCAGCCCAGGCGACGCUGGCUGCCUGGCGCGAGUACCGGCAUGCCUGCGAGCUGCGCCUGCGCCUCGACCCCCCGGCACCUGGACCCGUCUGCAACCGCAGCUUUGACAUGUACGCCUGCUGGGGGGACGCGGCCCCCAACAGCACCGUCACCAUCCCCUGCCCCUGGUACCUGCCCUGGCACCACCGAGUGCAGGGUGGGGUGGUGGCUCGGCGCUGCGGACCUGACGGGCGGUGGGUGACGGACGAGACGGGGCGGCCCUGGCGGGACCAUUCGCAGUGCGAGGACGUGGCGCCGGAGCAGAUGCUGCAGCGUCAGGCCUGGCUGCUGGAGCAGUUCCGUCUCCUCUACACCGUGGGCUACUCCCUCUCCCUCAUCGCCCUCCUCCUGGCACUGCUGCUGCUUCUGCUCUUCAGGCGCCUGCGUUGCACCCGCAACUUCAUCCACGCCAACCUCUUCCUCUCCUUUGUGCUGCGGGCGGGCGCCAUCCUGACACGGGAUGCGCUGCUCCAGCGCCGCCUGCGCCCCGGUCCCGGGCACCCCCUGCAGCUGCUGGGCCAGCAGCAGGCAGUGACAGGGUGCCGGCUGGCCCAGGCUCUCACCCAGUACUGUGUGGGGGCUAACUACGGGUGGCUGCUGGCCGAGGGACUCUUCCUCCACAAGCUCCUGGUGCUGGCAGCCUUCUCCGGCGAGCGCUGCCUCCCUGCCUUCCUCCUCCUCGGCUGGGGAGCUCCCGUGCUCUUCGUGGUACCAUGGGUGGUGGUGAGGUACCUCUAUGAGAACGAGGGGUGCUGGGAGAGGAAUGAGAAGGCAGCAGUAUGGUGGAUCAUCCGCUGUCCCAUCCUGAUGGCCGUGGCGGUGAACUUCGUGGUGUUUGUGCGCAUCGUCCGCAUCUUGGUGGCCAAAGUCCGGGCGCAUCAGGUGUCCCGUGGGGACACCAGGGUCAGGCUGGCCAGGUCGACACUGACGCUGAUCCCGCUGCUGGGGGUGCAUGAGGUGGCCUUCGCCCUGGUGGGAGAGGGGCAGGGGGGUGGCACUCUGCGCCUGGUGCGGCUUUGCCUGCAGCUACUGCUCUCCUCCUCCCAGGGCCUCAUUGUCAGCGUCCUCUACUGCUUCGUCAACAAGGAGGUGCAGGCGGAGGUGCGACGCGGGUGGCAGCGGUGCCGCUUGGGUGCCCCAUGCCCCCCCGGCCCCCCUCGAGCCCCCCCCCGUGGCACCCGCCGCUACGUGGCAGUGGGGGGGCAGCACCCAGCACCCCCCCAUCCCGGGGGGCACCCGAUUGCUGAGAGCUGCUGCUGAGGUGGGGGUGGCACCUUUGGGUGCUGGUGG